UAGUCUGUUUUCGUUAGCCAAAGUAAAAUGUUGCGUUUAAUUCUAGUAGCCCUACUGGCAUUGCAAUUCUCUGAUGCCAGUCAGCCGAGAGUAUGUUAUAGCUGUGAGGGCAUACAAUGUCAAAUAAUUUCGAAACAAAAUCAGACUGUAACCUGUGCAGAUUUAUUGGAUGUUUGUGUCACUGUGUUUGAUGAAUUUGCUGUCAGUGAAAGAGGUUGCCUGUCGUCCUUGUCGCACGCUGCUCAGACAAAAUGUGAGUCUAAGGACCAACAAUGUCUUGAAUGUGUGGGUAACUUAUGCAAUAAUCUAGGACGUAGUGACUACAAAUGCCUACAAUGUAUUGGCUCUGAGUCCUCGGCAUGCAAUUUGGGAGAAUCAGCUAGUUCGAGUGUUUCGCAAUGUGGUUUACCGACCUCACCAAAUGCCUAUUGCUAUGUCAAAGUUGUCGGUGAGAAUCUUCAACGUGGCUGUGCCUUGAGUGUUAAGGAGCAAAAAACUUGCCUAGAUGAUACAAAUUGUUCAUUGUGUUCACCGGGUGAUACUGAAGGAGCCUGCAAUUCAUUUGAUUUGCAAGUCGGUGGCAAAUCGAGUGGGGCUAAACAUUUCCUAAGUCUAAGUUUGGUAGCUCUGAUUGCUCUACUAGUUUUGCAAUCUUAAGAAGUUAACAAUCAUUUCUGUAUUUUUCCAAUAAAGAAUUUGUAAAUCCCACCUGA